ACGAUCGCACUUUACUCUCUGCUUUCUCUGUCUCACUCUGGCACACGCACUGGUUCUCGGUGGCGGCGAUGCGUGCGUGGUGGGUUUGUGGAUUCCUCCCGUUCCUGGCGGCGGCCGCGGCCGCCGCGGAUCCGGCGAAGGGGAACUGGGAGCCGCUGAUUCGGUUGCCGACCGAGAAGGGUGAUGCCCCUGCCCCUGCCGCGUCAGCGGCGGAGGACGGGGUGACGAAGUGGGCCGUCUUCGUUGCCGGCUCCUCCGGCUACGGGAACUACCGGCACCAGGCCGAUGUGUGCCACGCCUACCAGAUCCUGAGGAAGGGGGGCCUAAAGGAGGAGAACAUUGUGGUGUUUAUGUACGAUGAUAUCGCCAAAAACGACCUCAACCCAAGGCCUGGAGUCAUCAUCAACCAUCCUAAAGGCGAAGAUGUUUACGCUGGUGUUCCCAAGGACUACACUGGCAAACAGGUCACCGCUAAAAACUUCUUUGCAGUUCUAUUGGGGAACAAAACCGCGGUUACUGGAGGGAGUGGGAAGGUGAUAAACAGCAAACCGAAGGACCACAUCUUCAUCUAUUACGCGGAUCAUGGGGGUCCUGGUGUUCUAGGUAUGCCCAACAGGCCAUAUAUUUAUGCUGGCGACUUCAUCAAAGUGUUACGAGAGAAGCAUGCUUCCAAAAGCUAUUCCAAAAUGAUUAUAUAUGUAGAAGCAUGUGAAAGUGGCAGUAUAUUUGAGGGUUUAUUGCCAGAAGAUCUUAAUAUUUAUGUUACAACAGCAUCAAAUGCGGUCGAAAAUAGUUGGGGAGCAUACUGCCCUGGGAUGAAAUCAUCACCUCCUGCUGAAUAUGAUACCUGUUUAGGAGAUAUCUAUAGUGUUUCUUGGAUGGAAGACAGUGAAACUCACAAUCUAAAGAAGGAAACACUCAAGCAGCAGUACGAGGUGGUUAAAACGAGAACAUCAAAAUCAAAGGAAUUUGAUAAGGGUUCUCAUGUCAUGGAGUAUGGUGACAAGACAUUCAAGGAUGAGAAGCUUUUCCUUUAUCAAGGUUUCGGUCCUGCAAAUUCCAAUGUCGCAAACAGGCUGCUUUUGCCCGAACUGGAGGGUGCAAUCAAUCAGAGAGAUGCUGAUAUUCUUUUCAUGUGGAAGAGGUAUGAGAAGUUAAAUGGGGGAUCGGAAGAGAAGCAGAGGGUUCUUAGGGAGAUCAAAGAAACUGUGGUACACAGGAAGCAUCUCGACAGCAGUAUCGAUUUCAUCGGAAAGCUUGUCUUUGGAUUUGAAAAUGGGCCUUCCAUGAUUGAGGCUGCUAGAAGCUCUGGCCAACCAUUAGUCGACGAUUGGGAUUGCCUGAAGAGGACGGUGCGAGUUUUCGAAUCCCAGUGUGGAUCACUUACUCAGUAUGGCAUGAAACACAUGAGGGCGUUUGCAAACAUAUGCAACAAUGGCAUCUCCGGGGCCGAAAUGAGGGAAGCAAGCAUCAGCGCUUGUGGCGGUUACGACUCGGCCAAGUGGAGCCCACUGGCUGUAGGGCACAGUGCCUGAUCCGCUGCACUGCAGUACAUGGGAGCAAAUAGCAAAUGCUUCAGAGGUUCCUAGACCUCAUAUGGUGUACAUACAUGCACUGAUUUACAAGAAACCACCCAACGAUGAGCCCCAUGUGGUGUUGGGUUAAUCAGUAGUUUAUGGUUGUGCCUUUGUAAGUUUCACUGCAAGCAAUUGAAAGGCAAUUACUAAUUAACAAAAAAUGUGUGGAUUUUCCUUUAGCUCUAGUGGCUCUAGCUUGGCCACUUGCAGCACCAAUUAGCAAUUUGGCUGCAACCUUUGCUUGA